UCACUGGUUUUAAAAAAAAGAAGAGAGAGAGACCCCUUAACUUGGAGCAGGCAGAAUCUCAGCAGCCAAAGGAAGAGGGGAGGCAGGAAAAAGAAGACGGGAGAGAGAGAGAAAGAGGCAAGAGACGUCUGGAAAAUAUUAUCCACCCGCUACUUCCAACUGCUGAGGCUGCUUGCUGCUGCUACGCCGCCGCCGCCGCCGCCGCCGCCGCGAAGCCUGAGAUAGAAGUUCCAUUCAGCCCGGACCAAAGAGAGAGAGUGAGACUUUUUUCCCUCCUCUUUUGCCUGUUGAUGCUGCGCCGCCUUCAACUUUUCUUAGCAACUUCUGCGGCGGGCGCCUGGACUCUCCACCGCCAGGAAGAAGCCCACCGUCUCCAUCUCUCUGGAAGCCAGCUUUGAGAAAAAUAAGGAAGGGGCAAGAAAAUUUGAAAAAAGGCCAGAAACUUGAAAUUUUAGGGAACUGGGAUCCAGGUGGGGGAGAAAAGAUCCCCUUCUGCUCCUCCUCCCGCCUCCCUGUUUUCUUCCCCAUGGUUUGCAGGCCGUUUGGAUCCAGCCCCUCCAAACAGCCUCCCGAAAGCGCGAGUUGAUCUAUUACCUCAAUCUGGGGGGGAGAGGACUUCCAGGUCUCCGCACCGCGUCGACGGCCUCUUUGUAGAUCUUGGAUGAGCAGAGAAGAACUGCAAGAUGCAUUGCGAGAGGUUUCUAUGUAUCUUGAGAAUACUUGGAACCACGCUGUUUGGGGUGUCCCUCCUGCUUGGGAUCUCCGCUGCUUACAUUGUUGGCUACCAGUUUAUCCAAACAGACAACUAUUACUUCUCCUUUGGACUCUACGGUGCCAUUCUGGCAUCGCACCUCAUCAUCCAAAGCCUGUUUGCCUUCCUCGAACACAGGAAAAUGAAACGGUCUCUUGAGACGCCAAUCAAGCUGAACAAAACUGUUGCCCUUUGCAUUGCUGCCUAUCAGGAGGAUCCCAACUAUUUAAGGAAAUGUUUACUUUCCGUGAAAAGGCUCACCUACCCUGGAAUUAAGGUGAUUAUGGUCAUUGAUGGGAAUUCUGAAGAUGACGUUUACAUGAUGGACAUUUUUAGCGAAAUCAUGGGCAGGGAUAAGUCUGCUACUUACGUCUGGAGGAAUAACUUCCACCAGAGAGGCCCCGAGGAGACGGAAGAGUCGCAUAAGGAGAGCAUGCAGCACGUCACUCAACUCGUCCUGUCCAACAAAAGUGUCUGCAUCAUGCAAAAAUGGGGCGGGAAAAGAGAAGUGAUGUACACAGCAUUCAAAGCACUGGGGAGAAGUGUGGAUUAUGUGCAGGUUUGCGACUCUGAUACAAUGCUUGAUCCAGCUUCAUCAGUGGAAAUGGUCAAGGUUUUAGAAGAAGAUCCAAUGGUUGGAGGCGUUGGGGGAGAUGUGCAGAUUUUGAACAAGUACGACUCGUGGAUCUCCUUUCUCAGCAGCGUUAGAUACUGGAUGGCAUUUAACAUCGAGAGGGCCUGCCAGUCCUACUUUGGCUGUGUGCAGUGCAUCAGCGGGCCCUUAGGGAUGUACAGGAAUGCCUUACUCCACGAAUUCGUGGAAGACUGGUACAAUCAAGAAUUCAUGGGAUCUCAGUGCAGCUUUGGAGACGACCGGCAUCUCACCAACCGAGUCCUGAGCCUUGGCUAUGCAACGAAAUACACGGCUCGGUCCAAGUGCCUUACCGAAACACCCAUAGAAUAUCUCAGGUGGUUGAACCAACAGACCCGCUGGAGCAAGUCCUACUUCCGAGAGUGGCUAUACAACGCAAUGUGGUUCCACAAGCAUCACUUGUGGAUGACUUACGAGGCUGUCAUCACCGGCUUCUUCCCGUUCUUCCUCAUUGCCACUGUCAUCCAGCUUUUCUACCGGGGGAAGCUGUGGAACAUCCUCCUUUUCUUGUUGACAGUCCAGCUGGUGGGCCUUAUCAAGUCUUCCUUUGCCAGCUGCCUUAGAGGGAACAUUGUCAUGGUUUUUAUGUCUCUCUACUCAGUGUUGUACAUGUCCAGUUUACUGCCGGCAAAGAUGUUUGCCAUAGCCACGAUAAACAAAGCAGGGUGGGGCACGUCGGGCCGGAAAACCAUCGUGGUCAACUUCAUAGGACUCAUCCCAGUCUCCAUUUGGUUUACAAUCCUCUUGGGCGGUGUCAUUUUCACGGUAUACAAGGAAUCCAAAAAGCCAUUCACUGAAUCGAAACAGACCGUGCUAAUCAUUGGUACGAUACUUUACGCCUGCUAUUGGGUGAUGCUCUUGACUUUGUACUUGGUCCUCAUCACCAAAUGUGGAAGGAGGAAGAAGGAACAACAGUACGACAUGGUGCUUGACGUAUGAUUCAACCACUGUGCCUCCCUAACCCCACUUUUUUAUUUUCUUUUUUUGCUGCCCAUGGAAUCUUUCUUGUCACAUGAUGAACCUUCUAGCGUUUGUGGUACUUGAGAUCAUCAAGGGAAAAGGAUCACUGCUGCUGGGACUUGAACAUGAACGAAUUCAUGACCAUGCCAAAGCAAUAAUAAUAAGAAUAAUUAAAUGUGAU